AUCGUCAUCCUCCUCUACUAUCCGUCCGCCUGACGAACCAUCCUAUCCUACUACUCUUUCCAGACUAUCUGUAAAUAUCUUCUAUCACCAAGACGAUCUCAAGAUGUCUGCUACGAUGGAUGCCGCGCGCCGCUUCUUCCUGUCGCCGCAGUUUGCCGUGGCAGGGGCCAGCAACGAUCGCAGCAAGUUUGGCUACAAGAUCUUUGCCUGGUAUCAUCAACACUCUCUGCCCGUUACUCCCCUCAACCCUCGCGCCCCGGAGAUCGAGCUGCCGUCGCAAAAUUAUAAGACGGUCCCAUCACCCCGCGACUUGCCCAACCCCGACCAGACUUCCCUGUCUAUCGUGACCCCUCCCCCAGUCACUCUUGCCCUCCUCAAAGAGGCUCACAGUGUGGGGAUCCCCGCUGUCUGGCUACAGCCAGGCACGUAUGAUAAGAGUGUGCUGGACUUUCUAGAUGGUCAUUUCGCAGCAGCGGUAGUGGGAGAUGGUGGUGUGGGCGGCGAGGGUUGGUCCAGUCCAUUCUUCCUCGAGUCCCCCAUUCCUCCGCAACUCGAUCUGGCCGGCGCUCCAUCACAGCUUUUCCAAGUCCCGCCCACCCCAUCAGCCUCAUCGGCUUUGUAUCGAUCGAUCUCUAUCCCCAACCGCAAGAGAUCCCGUCUAGAAGUUGAUCGUCGUCCUUGGCUGGAUGUCGACACUCCCUCUAGUCAUGUCGCCUCUGUGAUCUCCCCCGACGAUCUCCUCCUUGGUGUGGAGGAUACCUCCGUCGAUCAUGUCUAUCGCCCCAACCGUUAUCGCAAGCCUGCUCGAUCUCUCGCUCUCGAUGACAGUGUUGAAUCUCUCAGCGAAACCGUGGACAUUCGCCGUAAACGCAGUCGCUGGGAUCCGUCUUUGAUCGCAGCCUCUCCCACCGGUCACGAUGAGAAAAUGACGAUCUCGACCACGACUAUGACCACGACCGCGACCGUGACCGCGGCUCCUGCGGUCAAUGCUUACCCACAGCCUGCUCCCGUCCGCUGGAGUCGAGCGGUGCUAGGCGUGGUAGGCAAAGUUUGGGACUUUUGUUGGAGCGGAGCUUUCCGAGGGUUUUAUGCAGGCGGUGGGCAAGGCUAUACCAUGACGGCGGAGGAUGCACAGCCCCAGCUGGCAUCCCCAUCGAUCGAGAAGGAGAGCAUGCCCACUUCUCAGCGGCAACAGGGUUCCUCUAGCCCUUUUCCGGGACAAUAUGCAGAAGAUGAUCUCAAGCACAGUUGGGUGAUCGUGUCCGCGCGAGAGGAAUUUAUGGACGAAGCCAGUCCUUCUCAGCGCAGACGAGUCCAUCGUCGGACCCCAGCACAUACCCACUCUCGUCGGCGGUCGCAGGGCAAGCGAACGCUGAUUUCGCAUGCGCCGUCGAUGCCGACGAAAUCCCAAUUCUCAACACCAGCUAAGCCGCGGGAGAGCCCUGUAUCUGUGGAGACGCAACGCUACAUGGCGCAAAAGCGCCGCAUGGAGCGUGAAGAGGAUGCCAGCCUUGCCCGGUUGAACCGGCAGCUACAGGCAAUGAUCAAGGAAGGGAAACAGGCGCUGGGGACACGCGUGGAAGUGGACGACUUGGACAUGGAGGAUUAAUGCGCUUUCUCACUUUUACUUUUUUUUUUUUUUUUUUUUUU